AUGGCCCAAGCUUUUGCAUAUGGAUGCUUCAUCCAAAUGCCGGAUGCAGAUGCAGAGGAAGGAGAAGAGAAGAUGGAACCUGGAAGUCGUCAUCAUGCGGAAGAGGGGGAAGGGAACAGGAAGGCGAUUAUUGGCCAGAUUCUUCAGGAUAUCUUUGAUGGUACUCUAUAUGAAACCAUAAACAUCCAGUUCUUCCCAAAACCAAAACCGAGACCAGGGUAUAGAGUUCCUACUCCCAAUUGUCAUUUCAAGCUUUCCAUGAUAUGUUCCCAAACCAGCCUGGAACCCCGUGGCAUUCGGCUCUUCCUCGUUGCGGACGACCUAUCAAUCAAGCUUUGCGACUUCGCAGGCUCUGGGAUCGGUAAUAUGCCGCCGGUUGUUACAGAGGAGGACCGAUACCGAAAAUCACCAGACUCACCUCGAUCGUUUCAGACAGACUUAUUCGCCCUUGGCUGCCUUAUAUUCGAAAUUAUGGUUGGCUCGCGGCCAUACGAAGAAAUCAACGAUGCAGACUGGGAAAUGAUUGCAGAAAACUACGAACGCGGGAUUUUUCCACCUGUUGCGGGCGUGAAAUAUGGAGAAAUUAUUCAUAUGUGCGAGGGCUGGGUCUGUUUCAUUCUGACAAGAUAA